AUGACAGCUGUGGCAGUCGAGUCCAAGUCAUCGGAUGCCGCUGCGAAGAAGCGUCUCGCUGGGUUCCACGACGUACAUGCGGAAGGCAAGUCGUACCUGGCGGACAACAUGUACAUCCGGUCAGGGUACCGUGUGGACUACUCGCUGAGCCACUGCUUCUGCUCGCUCUUCGAGCUGCACAACGAGACGUGGAACGUGUGGACGCACAUCAUCGGGUCGCUCAUCUUUGCAGGGCUCAUGUACAGUGCGUUCAACAUGGAAAUCCCGACGCAUUUGUGGACGUACGACGACGGCACGCAUCCGUACUUCGAACCCGACAACAUCAUGUACAUCGAGAGCGGCCGGCACACGCUGCACUUGUUUGCGCGCAACGUACUGUCCGCGACGCAAGUGCACCACGCGUUAGAGUAUGUUGUGGACACGCGGUACCAAGAAAUGCUGUCAAAGCAACUGCAGGUCGCAAGCGUGAUCUUUGGCCACACGAUUGCGCAGAUCCCGAGCCUGCGGCGCUUCCAUGAGAUCCUCGACAGCCACGCCGAAGGCAUUUCGCACUCGGUGUCGGAGCAACUGUUCCACUUGCACGACGAACUCACGAUCUUAAAGGCCCGGUUGGAGCCGUCAUUCGAUGCGCUGUCCAAGAGCAUGCCGCUCAAGAGCGUGGUCGGGUCGUACACCCAGGUGCACGGUAUGAAGCAGUCGUUGCAGGCCCGCCUCGAUGCAUUCACGUUGUACCUUCGGCAACUCGACACGAACGACUACCCGUCGCUGCAGUUUGUCCUCCAAGAGUUCCACGGGGUCACGGACAGCAUCAAGAACGGCCUGCAUGCGAUUUCGGACGUGGCGCCAUCCCAAUUGGCGCCGAUGCUCGUGGUGGGGAACUGGCCCAUCAAGGUGUUUAUUGGGAGCGCGGUGAUCUGCCUCACUUUGAGCUCCAUCUACCACUUGCUGUGGGUGCAGAGCGCCGCGGCGUCGGUCGUGUUUAUCCAGCUCGACUACUCGGGCAUCAUCCUCAUGAUUGCCGGGUCGUUCUUCCCGCUCAUUUACUACUCGUUCUAUUGCACCCCCAACCUUUUGUACAUGUACUUGGGCAUCAUUUCCGCGCUGGCGGUGGCGUGUCUGGUCGCGUCCGUGUGCACAUCGAACCAAGCGAUUCGCAGCGGUAUGUUCUUGUCCUUGGGGUUCUUUGCGCUCGUGCCCAUCGGCCACUUGGUGUGGAAACAUGGCAUCUGGGACGACCACAUCCAGAUCUUUGUCAAACCGCUCGUAGCUAUGGGCGUCUUGUACCUUGUCGGCGCCACCAUCUACGGCACGCGGUUCCCCGAGCGAUACUUUCCAGGCCAUUUCGACGUGUGGGGCCACAGCCAUCAGCUGUGGCACAUUUGCGUCGUCGCAGCCGCGCUGAUUCAUUACAACAGCGCCAUGCAGCAUUAUGAGUGGCGGUGGCAAACUGGCUGUGCCGUCUAAUCACGUUGGCCAGCGAUGGAGUAAUAAUAAUAAUAACAUCUAUUCGAGAGGUUGUAGA